ACGCAUGCGCGGCGCCGCCAAAUAACAGAAGCGGCUCGUGGGAACGGGAGGUCCAAAAUGGCGCUGGACGGAGCGAUGUCCACGUCCUCGGUUCUGUCGUUCACCGCCGCGGACUUCUACCCCAGGAAGCUCGGCCCGAAGCCGGACGUGGUUCCGUCCGGGGUGACGGAGAGGAAGGUGGUGCCGCUGGACAAGCCGGACAUGGUGUCGGUGGACGUCAUCAACGACUCAGACGUCCACCUGCACAGGAAGAAGCACGAGCACGACACGUACGUCUUGGGCACCAUCCACCCGUUCAGGAAGACGCACAGAUCCGUGUUUGGAAAACUGGUUCAGGAGUUCAGACUGGUCUCCUCGGACAGACGGUCGUGGAGGAUCCUGCUGUUCGGCGCUCUCAACCUGCUGUGCACCGGCUGUCUGCUGAUGUGGUGUAGCUCCACCAACAGCAUGGCUUUAACGGCGUACACGUACCUCACCAUCUUCGACCUCUUCAGUUUGAUCACGUGUCUCAUCAGCUCCUGGGUGACCAUGAAGAAACCCAGCCAGGUCUACUCGUUUGGGUUUGAACGACUGGAGGUUUUGGCGGUUUUUGCGUCCACGGUACUCGUCCAGCUGGGAGCAUUGUUCAUCCUGAAGGAGAGUGUGGAGCGCUUCAUGGAGCAGCCUGAGGUCCAUACUGGUCGUCUGUUGGUCGGGACGUUCGUCGCUCUCUUCUUCAACCUGUUGACUCUUCUCUCCGUCCGGAACAAACCGUUCGCCUACGUCUCAGAAGCGGCGAGCAGCAGCUGGCUUCAGGAACACGUGGCUGAUCUGAGUCGAAGUUUGUGCGGCAUCGUUCCAGGUCUCAGCAGCGUCCUGCUGCCUCGGAUGAACCCGUUCGUCCUCAUCAACAUGGCCGGAGCUCUUUCCCUCUGCAUCACCUACAUGCUCAUAGAAAUCAAUAACUAUAACGCAGUGGACACGGCGUCGGCGGUCGCCAUCGCCCUCAUGACCUUUGGCACCAUGUAUCCCAUGAGCGUCUACAGCGGCAAAGUGCUGCUACAGACGACGCCGUCGCACGUCAUCGGACAACUGGACAAACUGCUCAGAGAGGUGUCGACUCUGGACGGCGUGCUGGAGGUUCGUAACGAGCAUUUCUGGACGGUUGGCUUCGGAUCUCUGGCCGGUUCUGCCCACGUUCGAAUCCGCCGUGAUGCCAACGAGCAGCUGGUUCUGGCUCACGUCACAAACCGGCUGCUGCCGCUCGUGUCCACGCUGACGGUCCAGAUCUUUAAAGACGACUGGACCAGACCCCUCCUCACCGGGGCCCUCACCUCCUCCGCCUCGGUUCCCUCUCCUGCUGAAGGCUACGCCGCCCUCUCCUCCUCCUCUCUGCCUCCUCUCAUGUUGUCCUCAGGAGAGCUCGACCCGCUGACCUCCACGCCCUCUAAACCCAGCAGCCCUCCUCCGGAGUUUGCCUUCGACACCCCAGGCAGGAACGUGCAGCCCGUGGUCCUCCCCGCCCCGGGUCACCACACCCACAGACCCUACGGAGGCCUGGGACUCGCCUACGGAGCGUCUCCCUACACGGGGAUGUUGAAUCAGGGGCUGGCACGGCCCGGCGGCGGGCUGGGUCUGGGUGUGCAGGGUCUGGGUGCAGGGUACGGACUGGGUGGGGUGCCCUCCUCUCAGAGCUACAGAACUGCCUUCGGAGGGUCAACGGCACCACUCCGGUUUGGAACCAGCAACCCUCUGGCUUCACAGUCUCAGUACAGACAAUACAGACCCUGAACCAGAACUCCUUUGGUGACGGAGGUCGAGUCUCAGUCUGAUUCAUUUCCUGUCCAGGCUGGAUGGCGUUUCCUCACAGUUUGAUGAACUUCAGAGGAUGGAGCUGAUUGUUCUCGGAUGUUUUGGUGUAAAGUCUUUUAGUGUGACAGACGGUGAGCGUGUUGUGGUAUUUAUUUGGUUGAUGAGGGGACCGGGAGGUGGACUGUUUGAGGAUCUUGGGAAACAGAGUCAUUAAGAUGCCGAUGGAGAGAAAGCAGCGAUUAUUUGGUGACGGGGAAACAUUCAACAACAUUCCUGCUGACGUGUUGAAUUAAAUUAAAUUCCAGCAUUUAAAGUUUCACAGAAAAACUCUGAUCAUAAAGAAGUCAGUAUGUGAGAAUAUGCCGAUACUCAAAGAAAUGUCAGAAAAUAGAGAUGAGGAGGAAAUGAUGACUCGAACUGUUUAUUGGACCAAACUGAAGGAGAAUAUUUAGAAAACAGAAUGAAAUGUAUUAUUUUUUAUGGAUUCAAACAUUUAAAACCAAAACAGGAUUGUUCUCGUUUGGUUGGUGAAAGUCUUCGGUCGCUCGUCCUCUGUCGUGGUUUCUGUUUCUCUGAAGCUUGUUGAGAAACAGUUUAAACAUUUUAUCUGCAGAACUGCUGCUGAAAACACGAAGUUGCUCAUCGGCUCCUAAACUUGUUGGUGUUGGACCUCGCUGAUGCCACAUUAAGACCAACAGUGCAUGAGUCUGGAAAAACAAGGCGGGACGAUCAUGCUGCAGAGUGUAACCUCUAUAAACAGAAAUCUGCACAUGAAUCUGAGGGUGAGGGGCCGAGAUGGUUUGAAAAGUGUUGAUCAGUCACGAGAGAUGUGAAGAGCAAAACAGGUGAAAUAAAAUCGACAAUCAUCCCUGAUAGACGACUCGGGUCGAAGUGUUUCCAUCAACGAAUUUUGGUGAAUUUUGAAUCGGCACGAGAAAAGUCUGAUGACUAAUCGGUUGUUUCCUCAUGGCUCUCGUGACUUUUUUCCACACCUUGACCUUUGACCUUGUUUUGCUGAAACAUCCAUGGAAACACUAAAAUCUCUAAAACAUUAAAGCAUGUUGAACGUUAACUUCUUAUCAUUCCAGAUGAUUUUUGGAUUAAAGGAUGAAUCAUUCGGUCUCUACUGUCAGGAAAUGGAUUCACAUGCUCGAGUUUCAUGUCAGUCCAGGUCCAAGUCCAGUUUUCAUGGUUCAAACUUGUUUCCUCGUGUUUUUUCCUGCAUGUGAUCGGCAGCAGUUCUGCAGACUUGAAGCCUCAGACUCAGAUUUGGAGGAUCAUGUUGAAUCCUCAUCAUUAAAUGUUUUUUCAUGCAGAGGGCCGUGUCAUGUUCUCUGCUGGGAGUGAAUCUUUGAAGCAUCAAUAAGUUUAUCAUUUUCCUUUUAUAUGUUUUUAACCUGAACUCGGGCUGAGCGUCAAUGAAACGGCAACUCCUCGUUACUGUUCGUACGCGUGUCGAGGAAACAGACCUAUGCUCGGCCCUAACGAGACUUCUUCCAUGUAUGUUUAUUCCAAAAGAACGACGGGGUGAUUAAAAACAGGUCAUGAAAGA